AUGAGCUGCCAAGGAGUCCGCAUACUGCUUAUGCGGCAUGGCGAGACGGAAGAGAACAGGCAAAGGAUUAUCCAGGGGCAGCUAGAUACAGAUCUGAAUGAGGCCGGGCGGCUACAGGCAUAUUACACUGGUCGUCAUCUGGCCAACACUAAGAUAGAUGAAGUAUACUCGAGUCCUCUGAAGCGUGCAAGAGAUACCGCGCUGGCGGUGAUAAAGCAAAACAAGAGCUUUUCCAACUCUGACAAUGUGACUAGCACGUUCACUGAUGCCCGCCUGAUGGAACAACACCUCGGUGUGUUACAAGGCAAGCCGGGCGCUGGUCGGCGUCAUGGAGAACCAGAAGGCGCUGAGAGCGCGGAAGAGGUCUGUGCACGAUUUGCUUCCUUUUGGAAUGACGUUCUUUCAAAUCCAGGUCCAUGGCCGAUACAAGGAGCUGACGACGGUAAAGCAAGCAAGGAGCAAGCCGAUGUGCAGUUGCUGGAUCACACCAAGUUUCAACCCCCAGUACCCCAGCAUCUGGUUGAAGAAAGUGAAGGAACAUCGCCGGCCGAAGACACCAAAGGUUGCAAGUAUGCGCGGACCGUACUGGUAGUCAGUCACGGGUCAGCGCUGACUAACCUGUUCGGUGGAGUACUCUUACGCGAAGAACACGCGGUAGUAGCGUCCGGUGUCGAGCCGGGGAGAUUCGCGAAUUGUUCCAUCACCGAAAUCAUCUAUCCCUCCCGACCCAGUGGAUCCAUCAACGGGUCCUCUCACGUCAAUCACACCUCUUUGCCCUCUACCACACGUCGCAGCAAGCGCUUUUCGGCGAUACUGCGAAUCUUGAAGGCAAGCACGGAGGCCGGAAAGGGAACGAUCGUGCGAUGGUCGGAUGUGUCACACCUGCCUCACCGUCUCGAGACGCAGCUGGUGGCAAAUGUUGAUGAGACUAUCGGCAAGGCCUUGUCCUGA